AAACAUCCAACACUGAAAGGUACAUCACGCUUCUAAUUUCAUUGAUACGGCUCCUAGUAUCAAAACAAAAUGGCUGGGCCAGAAAAAGUUAACAUUGACGAAUUGAUGAAAAUAGCCAAAUCAAUGUUCGAAUCAGUUGACCCUGCUUUCAAAGAACUGUCGGAUGAAGAGCGCAAUGAUAUAGAAAAUAUCAUGAAAAUUCGCAUCUCAGAUGUAAUCCAAAUGUCCAAUUCUGUCAACUCUGUCGGGGACCCCUCUACAAUGUCUGACACGACACUAACAGAGACGAUGAAAGCACUUCUCCCAGACGAGGAUGAGGAUGAAAAAUCAUCUGGAAACGACGAUCAACAAGACUCUGCAAUGGAUAAUUCGACUUCCGAGGAAACGUCCGAGAAUCGUUCCAAAUGAAGACAGAAUAAGGAUCAAAUUAUCAUGUACAGCGUUCCCAAU